UUCUUACUGAAUAGUGAAUACACGAAAAAACCGAGCCGAAACCUACGUGCCUCUAGUCUCACUGGGCUUGGCUUGAUUACCCUGCUUUCCUCUGGAAUGGCGGCCCUGCCGAGCUUUGGCCUCCGCCGUUUACCUUCACGGCCAUGGCUACCCAGCCUCCGUUGCACAACAACCACAAGAAGGCCAGUCCCUUACUCUCUGCGUUCUAUCUCCAUAGUUUCUUCUCUCUCCCCACUCGAAGAUACCGGAGAAAUUCCUCAGUCUCCAAUAAAUAUGACAACAGAAAAACCCAACGCCACUACUGCCACUAGCAUCCAUAUUCAUAAGGAGAAAAAACCCUUAUUUCCUAAGCGAGGGCAGACCUUGGAGCUGGUUUGUGAAUCUAUAGCUUUUAAAGGGAAAGGCGUUUGCAAGGUCGCCGAUACUGGCUUUGUGGUGAUGUGCGAUCGUGCACUUCCCGGAGAACGCUUCCUUGGCCGCGUCACUCGCAAAAAAGACAAUUACGCUGAGGUUUAAAUGUUUAUAUAAUUGCUCGUAUCCAUUCUCUUUUUAUCCAUCCCUUUUGUUCUCUAUUGGUUCAAACUAAUCUAGACUCAGGAAAAAGUGAUCUUUAAACCGAAAAAUUGGAACUUUAGAAGUUUAGCAGUAGCCAGUAGGUGCUCUUAGCAGUUAGCUCUGUUAAAUUGCUCCUCCCAUGUUUAAGUUGAGGAACAUAAGAUAAUUUAUGACGUUAUGUUGGUUGCAAGGAUGAUAGGUGAAGAAAUUGAAGACAAUAGCACCUCAUUGGGACCAAGUGGAGGCGCCAUGUGAAUAUGCUUCACACUGUGGAGGUUGCAAGACCCAGAAUUUAUCAUACAGAGCUCAAGUCAGUGCAAAAGAGCAACAAGUUAAAGAGCUCGUCGUGCAUGUAGGCAAGUUUUCAGAUAAGAAUCCAGAAUUUGAGCAUGUGAUGCAACCCAUUGUUCCAUGUGAUAUCCAAUUUGGGUAUAGGAAUAAGAUGGAGUUCUCCUUUGGAUCAAAAGGAUGGGUACCUGAGGAGCUGUUACACGAAUGUAAUGAUGCUCAAGGCUAUGCUCUUGGAUUGCAUGCUCCUGGAUUUUUUGAUAAGGUUUUGAACGUAAACAAAUGCUUAUUACAAAGUGACCCAGCUAACAAGGAAAGAAAACACGAGAACAUGAAGACAAGAAUUGAACUUCAAUUGGGAAAUCAGCUCUAUACUAACAUUGUCCAGGAGAGAUACUAACUUGACAGCUCCAGGGUGUGGAAUCUAGGCGGCUAGAUGCCAACUCUGGGAUGAUUGUAUCUACAACUUCAGGUUCUUGCAACCAUUCAAGAAUAUUGGAGGGAUCCAAAGUUUGACCUUUCACCUUACGAUGUUCGCUCUCAUAAUGGAUUUCUGAAGCAUCUAAUGCUUAGAAGUGGCAGAAAUUGUGAAACCGGUGUUCCUGAGCUUAUGGUUAAUUUUGUGACUUCAUCCUAUGAUCCGGAGAUACUGAAACCCAUUGUAGAGAAAAUAACAACUAUCCCUGAAGUGGUAAGCAUAAUUAAUAAUGUGAAUACAUCUAUAGGAAACACGUCUAUCGGGGAAAAAGAAUACACACUGUAUGGCAAAUCUUCUAUCUCAGAGAUUUUAAGAGGGCUUAAUUUUCAGAUUUCGGCAAAUUCUUUCUUCCAGACAAACACACACCAGGCAGAGAUUCUUUACAAACUAAUUGAGGAUUGUGCCUCUCUGAAGGGAGAUGGUUCAGAAAUUGUUCUUGACCUUUUCUGUGGAACCGGUACCAUUGGCCUUACACUAGCCAGAAAAGUGCGGCAUGUUUAUGGUUAUGAAGUAGUAGCUCAAGCAAUCUCAGAUGCAAAUCAGAAUGCUCAGCUCAACGGAAUCUGCAAUGCGACAUUCAUCCAAGGAGAUCUUAAUAAGAUUGAUGAAAACUUUGGCAGCAAUUUUCCCAAGCCUGACAUUGUCAUCACAGAUCCAAAUCGUCCAGGAAUGCACAUGAAACUGAUCAAGUUUCUGCUUAAGUUAAAAGCUUCACGCAUCAUCUAUGUAUCUUGUAACCCGGCCACUUGUGUUCGUGACCUUAAUUACCUCUGUUUUGGAGUGCCAGAGAGAAAUAUAAAUGGAUGUUACAAGCUUAGCAAGUUGCAACCAGUGGACAUGUUCCCACAUACUCCUCAUAUUGAAUGUGUUUGCAUGUUGGAGCUUCUCUGAUGUAAUCAGUGGGCCGCAGUGGCAACAACCAAGGGAUAAAGUCGUCUGACCCAUCGCCAUCCAGUCAUACUUGCGUUUAGGGUGAGGAAAGGCCACAACUAAUGAGGCAAAUCGGCAUAGGAGCUACUUGACAUAGGGAUAAUGAGAUUACUCCUCCAAAAGUUCUAUAUAACAAGGGAUGUGCCCAUGAUGUCUUGUGACUUGGUAUGUGAUGUAUUGCGGUCAUGGAGUACAUGAGUGGCUGUUAGUGGGCUCAAUAGCCACAUACUGGGCUUAAUUCAUCACAUACUACUUCAAGUUUGUUUUGUUAUUGAAAUUAUUGAAAUAUAAUCGGUUGUUUUGGUUUUGGUCCAUACUGACACCGAUCCAAAUUCAUGAACGGGUUCGGUUUAUCCAACUCUAGGAAUGAGGGCAUUGGGAUGUGCCUGUUUACCAGCUGGGCAAUCUGUUACAGUUCUUGUUAGUUCUCAACCUGGAAAUCUUAAUUAUAGCCUUGCCUAUCCAGCCAUCCAGGAUAUAAUGAUCUCCUAUUUUAGACUUCCCUCAAAUGGUUAAUGUACCUUCCUGAUUUUUGGUUAACAGAAACAUAUCAAUUUUUCUAUUACUUUGUCUUGUC